AGAAAUUACUUUCCUAAAUUUAAAGCUAAACAUGAAAUGAGAGUUAGAUUGGAGAAGAUAUUGAACAAUUACUUUCCUAAAUUUAAAGCUAAACAUGAAAUGAGAGUUAGGUUGCAGAAGAUAUUGAACAAUUGCAAUAAAAAGAUGAAAGAUGAUUUGGAAAAGGAAAUGCAAGAAGAAAAAAAAAAAAUGGAAAAGGAUCAAGAGAAACUGCUAAAAAAAAAAAAAGAAAUGGAACAUUGGGAAAAGGGAGUUCUAAGACAUAAGGAAGAGUGGGAAAGAACGCUAAAAGAAAAGCAAGUGUUUGAUGAGAGUAUGCUAAAAGUAUUAGAAGGGCGGAAAAAGCGAAUUACAGAAGAAGGCGAAAAAUGGAAAAAGAGAAUGCUAAUAGAAAAAAUGGAGUUGGAAAAGAAAAUACAAAAAAAUAAGGAAGAGGGGGAAGAGAGAAUGCUAAAAGUAAUUGAAAAGUUUGAAGAGAAAAUGCUAAAUGAAAAGAAGAGUGGGAAAAUAAAAUGA